AUGGACUGGAUGUUCUAUGGGGUAAGUGGCGCAAGUCUCUUCAACCAGGACAUUGGCAGCUGGGAAACCUCAAGAGUCAAAAGCAUGCAAAGCAUGUUCAGGGAUGCAGUUGCCUUCAACCAGGACAUCGGUGGGUGGGACACCUCAAGUGUCACAAACAUGGACAGGAUGUUCAGCGGGGCAACUGCUUUCAACCAGCACCUCAGGAGUCACCAGAAUGAUUGGCAUGUUCCAAAGUGCGAGCAAUUUCGACCAAGAUGUCGGAGGAUGGGAUACCUCAAAUGUCCAAGACAUGAGCUACAUGUUCCAGUUUGCUCGCGUCUUUAA